AAAAUAUUCACUUCACUCUACAAAUCUACAAUAACCUCAUAAACCGCGUACUACAAAAACAAACUCAUAUAUAAACCCCAAAAUUUCUGAUUUCCCCCUUAUUUCUCCUUCCACUCAUCCACACUCUACGUCCCUAUCCACUACCUUACUCACCACCACAAACUCCGACCUCACUUACCUCCUUCAAUGGCGGAAAUCGACGGCAACACUCUCGUCGCCAAAACCCUCGCUCAUUCCGGCGUCACCCACAUGUUCGGCGUCGUCGGAAUCCCCGUCACCUCCGUCGCAACCCGCGCAGUUUCCCAAGGUAUCCGCUUCAUCGCCUUCCACAACGAACAAUCCGCCGGUUACGCCGCCUCCUCCUACGGCUACCUCACCGGAAAACCCGGAAUUCUCCUCACUGUUUCCGGGCCGGGUUGCGUCCAUGGGCUUGCCGGGCUCUCCAACGCCGCAAUUAACACCUGGCCCAUGGUCCUCAUCUCGGGCUCAUCCGAUCAGCGUGAUUCUGGUAAAGGAGAUUUCCAAGAGCUUGAUCAAAUCUCAGCCGUUCAACCCUUUUCGAAAUUAUCCGUAAAACCCACCUCCAUUUCCGAAGUUCCGGGCGCAGUUCUCCGGGUUCUGAACGGGGCUGUUUCGGGUCGGCCCGGUGGGUGUUACCUGGACCUUCCCACGGAUGUUCUCCACCAGACUGUGUCGGAGGCUGAGGCAGAGGAUCUCAUUUCAAAGGCGGAAGAACAAGUGAGAAAGGAACAAGAAUCAUCGGAUUCGUCGAAUUCGACGCCAAUUUCCGAUGUAGAGAAGGCGGUGGCUGCGCUGAGGAGCGCGCAAAGGCCGCUGAUUGUGUUCGGAAAAGGGGCUGCGUAUUCGAAGGCCGAGGAUGAAUUAAGGAAGUUGGUUGAUAGUACUGGGAUGCCCUUCUUGCCCACUCCAAUGGGGAAGGGUUUGAUCUCAGACAAUCAUGAAUUGGCCGCAACCGCGGCGAGGUCGCUUGCAAUUGGGCAAUGUGAUGUUGCUCUUGUUGUUGGGGCAAGGCUAAAUUGGUUGCUUCAUUUUGGGGAGCCCCCAAAAUGGUCUAAGGAUGUCAAGUUUAUAUUGGUUGAUGUUUGUGAGGAGGAAAUUGAGCUUAGGAAGCCUUAUGUAGGGCUAGUUGGGGAUGCUAAGAAGGUGGUUGGUUUGAUUAAUAAGGUGAUCAAGGAUGAUCCCUUUUGUUUAGGGAGGAAUCAUCCUUGGGUCGAGGCGAUUUCGAAGAAGGCUAAGGAUAAUGUGUCUAGGAUGGAGGGUCAGUUGGCUAAGGAUGUUGUGCCCUUUAAUUUUUUCACUCCUUUGAGGAUUAUUAGGGAUGCUAUUAUUGGAGUUGGGAGUCCUGCACCUGUUUUGGUGUCUGAAGGGGCUAAUACUAUGGAUGUUGGGCGAGCUGUGUUGCUUCAGACGGAGCCUAGGACGAGGUUGGAUGCCGGUACUUGGGGAACUAUGGGAGUUGGUUUAGGUUACUGUAUUGCGGCCGCUGUGGCUUGCCCUGAUCGCUUGGUGGUUGCUGUUGAAGGAGAUUCUGGUUUCGGGUUUAGUGCUAUGGAAGUAGAGACUGUAGUUCGAUAUCAGUUGCCUGUUAUAGUUAUAGUCUUCAACAACAAUGGUGUUUAUGGUGGUGACCGAAGAAGUCCUGAAGAGCUCACAGGCCCUCAUAAAGAAGACCCUGCCCCAACUUCUUUUGUUCCAGAAGCAAAAUACCAUGUUUUAAUUGAAGCUUUUGGUGGAAAAGGCUAUCUUGUCAAGAAUCCUGCUGAACUGAAGUCAGCCUUGGACGAGUCUUUCACAGCGAAAAAACCUGCUGUGAUAAAUGUCAUAAUCGAUCCUUAUGCUGGCUCAGAGAGUGGACGGAUGCAACACAAGAACUGAGGUACAAACAUAUCAUAUAACGGAAAUCCACGACCUCUUCUUGAGUGUAAGUAUGUGAGUACAGUGUGGAUUGCGCCUUGAGCAUCCACUGCCCUUUCGAUUUUUCCAAAAUGAUUCACAUCACUAAGUUUAUAUUUGUUGAAAUAAGUUGUAUUAAGUAGUAUAAAUCUGUUAUUUUCCUAUGAAUUGAAGUUGGGAUGUAUCAUUUAAGCUGAGUGCUUGCUGAUUAAUGUAGGAUGUGUAAAUCAGAUACUUGAAUUUAUCCUAUUAGGCUUAUUUACCUUAUACUCUACUUUCUAAGGUUUAACCGAGUAGGCAUGUACAAGUAUAUACUUCGUAUUUUUUUUCCUUAAUAUAUUAAUAUCAUAUAAAUUCUGGA